AUGAGUGAAGUUGAACAACAUUUAUUUGAUGAUAUUGAAACAGUUGUCUAUAAAGGUCCUGUAGAUGACGAUUAUCAAGGCAAUGAAAUAAUUCAUCGUAAACCACUUCAAAGAAAAAAGAAGAAAAAGAAACAUGGAAAAAAGAAAUUAAAAAAAAUACCAACUCCAUCAAGUAUUGAAGAAGACAAAGAACUACAAAAAGAGGAAGUUAUAGAAAAAGAUUUACCAGAACAAAAAAAAGAUGAGGAACAAGAUACUAGUCAAGAAAGUAUUUUAAAAGAUGAAGAGUUUAAUCAUGUUCAUUUAGACCAACCAGUUGAUGAUGACUAUAAAGAAAAUGAACCAACCAAAAGAAAACAGUUAAAUAAAAGAAAGCCUGGUAAAAAACACUUAAACAUCCCUAAAUUAGAAGUUCAAAAAACAGAAGAUAAAAUAAAUCAAAUACAAUCAGAUAUUAAUAGUACAAAAGAUCAAUAUAAACAACAAGAUACAUCACCUAAAUCACAAAAAGUAAUAACACAACCAAUAACUCCAAGAAAAGAGUCAAUGAAAAUUGAUGAAACUCAAAAUAGAUCAUUUGGAAGAUCUUGGCUUAGUCCACGAAAUUUACUUCAAUCACCAAAGUUUAAUACUUUAUGUAAAAUAGAUGAAAAAAAUGAAGAACAACAAUCACCAAAACAUAAAGAAAAGAAAGUAAAAAAAUCAAAAAAACAUCAAGAAGAUGAUGGGGAGAUCCAAUGA